AUGUCGCACUCAGGAAGACCUUCCCCUAUCCAGCCGCCAUUCAUAGACAACAGAACGCAAAACAUGGCACAGACAGAGCGAGCUCUGUCAUAUCCUUCGCCGACAUUCGCUGGAGGGCCAGAUCAAACGCCCGGUCCACAGCUACCGUCAAUUCACUCGAUACCGCACCUCGCGUCUGGGUUCGUCGAUGGCAGGCGCAACGUGCAACUUCCACCGAUGCAGGUCCCUCACACCGACACCGCUUCGCCCUCGAGGACGACUGCGACACGUUCGAUACCUGUAUCUCAGCUGCUUUCGACCAAUCCACCUUCACCUCCACGUCAGCAGGCGCGCGUGCCAGCGCAGCAAACUUCAUAUGGCGCACCCCCGAGUAGUCACGGUGUUCCGCCCAUGGAAUACCGAAGUCAGCCGCCGUCGUACCCGCAAGCGCCACAGCACUGUCUUGACCAAGCGCCGAUGGCAUUCCGUCAACCACCACAAGGCUAUCAAACAGAGCAGUUCCCUCGAGCGCAGUACCCGCAUCCUCAAGUGCCCGUUCAUCCCGACCAAAGCACACCUCGGCACUACAGCCCAGCCAUCAGUGGCUACUCGUCUCCAAGCUACACGCAUUCUGAAGCCUCACCGCGAUCGUCUCUUGGUCCAUCGAAUCACCCAGCUUUAGCGCAGAAGCCUCGUGUGAGCCAAGUGCCACCCUUGAACUACAAUCUCGGCAUUCGACAGCAGCCCAUUGCUGCGCGUGCGUGCGGUUUUGGCGAGCGCGAUCGUCGAGUCGUGGACCCUCCUCCAAUCAUUGAGCUGAAGAUCACCGAUCGCUCUGGCAUGCCCGAGCAGGAUCCAACUGCCAUGCUUGCGCUGAACUGUACUCUGUUGAGUCCAGACGGUCAUGAUGACGAGACUGAGCUACCGCCAGCUCAUCCAGACAUGCCUUCGACCCGGCGCUUGAUGGGUACGCUGGUCGCGUCGUCCUACCAAGCCAAGGACGAGAAUGGCAUUGCAGGGACUUUCUUCGUCUUUCCUGAUCUCAGCUGUCGGUCUCCUGGCAAGUAUCGGCUCAAGUUCAAGCUCCUUCGUGUCGAUCCAAUGAACACGACUCUAGGUGCAGUCCACGUAGCGAGUAUCGUGACCGACAUCUUCAGCGUCUACACAGCGAAAGACUUUCCAGGAAUGCGGGCCAGCAGUGGUCUGCUCAAGGCUCUGCGAAGACAGGGUCUCAAUGUCGGCAUCAAGAAGGGUUCUGAAGCGCGCAAAGGCAAAGGCAAGGCGAAGAAAGAAGCAUCGAGCUCGGGAGGAUCGUCGUCAGAAGGUGAAGAUGAGAGCGAUGAUGGCAGCGAACCGAGAGACCAUACAAGCUCCAGCGGCGUCAGUCCCAAGACCAAGGCGCGGAAAAAGGGCAAGAGGAGAAAGCAAAACGCGUGA